UACCGUCCAUCUCUAGAACAAUGCAAAGGGCAGUGGAGUUGAAUAGUUAUAUUUAUAUGCGACCAAAGUUGUUGAACAUUAUGAGGAACUUUACUCACAAAAAGGAGUUGCUUAGGCCUGCUAAGACUCGAUUUGCUACAUGUUUCAUCACAUUAUCAAGUAUUCACAAGCAAAAGAAUAACUUGAGAAAGAUGUUUACUUCAGAAGAAUGGAAUCGUAGUAAAUGGGCGAAAGAGGAAGCCGGUAAAAGAGUUGCUUCUUAUGUUUUGAUGCCUUCCUUUUGGAACAACAUUGUCUUUAGCCUUAAGGUUUCCGGUCCUCUUAUUCCGGUUUUGAGAUUAGUUGAUGGCGAGAGAAAGCCUCCCAUGGGAUACAUUUAUGCGGCUAUGGAUAGGGCUAAAGAAGCCAUUGCAAAAUCAUUUGGGGGAGUAGAAGAUAAAUACUCAGAUAUUUUUGAAAUAAUUGAUAAGAGGUGGAAUGUUCAACUUCAUCGCCCUUUGCAUGCAGCAGGUUAUUAUUUGAACCCAGAAUACUUUUAUUCAAAUUCGAAAAUUGAAGACGAUGAAGAGAUUGCAAAGGGUUUGUAUGCAUGCAUUGCAAGGUUAGUCCCGGAUGUCAAAGACCAAGACAAAAUUACUGAGGAGCUGUCCUUAUAUUCUAAAGCUGAGGGCCUCUUUGGUAAUCCCUUUGCUAUUAGACAGAGAAGUACACGAGGACCAGCUAAUUGGUGGGAAGCUUAUGGCAAGUCAACAAAACUUCUCCAAAAGUUUGCUAUAAAGGUUUUAAGCCUUACUUGCAGCUCUUCUGGUUGUGAACGAAAUUGGAGCGUGUUUGAGCAUCUUCAUAACAAGAAAAGAAAUAGGCUCGCUCAAACAACGUUGAAUGAUUUAGUGUUCAUCAAAUAUAAUAGAGCAUUGAGACGUCGAUAUAAUAUGCGUGACACUCUUGAUCCCAUUUUACUAAAUGACAUUGAUGAGAGCAACGAGUGGUUGACGGGGAGGAUGGAUGAUUCUGAUGCAGAACAUGAUCUAGUCUAUGAAGAUGAUUCAUUGACAUGGGGUGAUGUUGCUAAUUUUGCUGGUAUUGGAGAGGCAAGCAGGCCGCAACGGUCUACUAGAUCAAAAUCUAGUUCUAGUUCACGGUUACCAACAAAGGGAGCAGGAAGUUCUUCAGUUCGACUUGUGGAUGAGGAUGAGGAUAAUUCAGAUGAGAUAGAAGAGGAUCCUGAGAAUUAUGAAUCAUUUAGUGACGAUCAAAAUGAUGUUAUGCUUAUUGAUGACGAGGAUGAUAUUUAGAUUCAUUGGUGUUGUCUUCUUAGGAAGAAUGAUGUUUAUGUUUGUUUUAGUUUUAUCUUAUACUUCUCCUUAGUUGACUUUUGCAUCUUUAUGUUAAUAUGUUUGAUUAUUCACUGUUUUGAACUCAAGUACUUGAUUUACUUGGUUUUGGCAUCUUUAUGUUGAAUAUUUAACUUAAGUAAUUCAUUUAGUUGACUUUUACAUCUUUCUAUAUACUAUUGCAUGAUUUGCAUCUUUAAUACUUUAUUGGGUGGGUUUCGGUUUUUUUUUUUUUCCAACGUGCGCCUUGCUUCAGUCGGGCGCGCGCCUCACCUUGCGCCUUGCGCCUCAGGCUCCAGGAGGCAUUUGCGCUUUUAUGCGCCUUGAGCCUUUAACAACUAUGCACCUAGGAGGAAUUGAACUUGAUACCUAAAGCCUCAUGAGGCUCCAAGGCCUGAGUCUUUUCCACUAGGCCAACCCCUUGGGGUUAAAAAUAAAAAUAAAAAAAUGCUCUAUUGUUAAAACAUCAAACCACUAUAAGGGUACUG